UCAGAGGAAUUAAAUUAGCUCUUUUAGAAAAAAUGUGGGCGUUUUCAACAAAGUUUAGCUUGUUUUGAGAAACUUUGUAAUCAGCUGAUCUUAGCGCGGGAAAAGCGAGUGUGAGGAGAAGGAAAAUAAAAAUGUCAACACUGGAGCAAAUUGUUGAGGAUUUUGACACUUUCGGCAUCCCCCUGAAGGAUAAUCAGCUACAGGAGCGAUGCCUGGAGCUGUGCUCACAGUAUGGAGUUGAUGGAGAGGGCAUUGCUGCUUGCUGGAUAUCCUUUGCCAACAAUAAUGCCUAUGACUCCCUCACACUGGAGUACCUGGAACACUUCGAACGUGACCAGCUUGCCAAGGAGAAGAAACUCAACACAAAGAGUGUCAAGAAAGACCUUAUGUAUGAGGCUUCAACAGUUGACAUAUUUGACGACCACGAUGAUCAACAUGACGAUGACGACCUGCUGGCGGCCUACGGCGGCACCCCGACUCUCAAGACUAACAAGCGGCAGUUGACACCAGACAACCGUGGUACCAAACGUCAUGUUGGUCCUAUUCGCUCCAUAUCUGCCCAGUUCUCACCAGCUACGCUCUCCCCCAGUGUGGCAACACCAUCACAGAAGUAUUCCUCCAGGGCAAAUGUAGGAGGCAUUGUAGCUUCUUAUGGGGAUGCUGACAAUGCAUCUUGGAAGGCCAACCCUAACUUUUCACCAAAGGUGAAGCUGCUGGCCAUGGGAGGUGAGGAGUCCUUGAAUCAAACAUACAAGUACAUGUUUGAGAAAUUAGGGGAUGCAGCUGAGGCAUUAGAUGAUGCCAUAGUCGUCCUGGCAGAGCAGAUGAAAGAAACUCUUGGGGUGGAAGAAUACUCUGAGUUUAAAACUGUCAGCAAUGAGAGCGAAUGGGUCGUGGGCCGUAUCUGUUGUGACAGUGUUGGUCGCCUAAACGCUGCAUCUGUGUUGCUGGAGGGUUCACGAGAGGCCAGUUCUGGGGAGACUGUCCCAGUAGAUUUGUCACGAUUGACUGAAUACUCCCUUUUCCCUGGCCAGAUAGUAAGUAUCAAAGGAGUGCACACAACAAGCAACAAGCUCAUUGCUCAAGAGUUAGUCCUUGGGAAAGUCCUACCACCCAGCACUUCACCAAUUACUAUCAACAGUACCAUGGGUCCAGUACAAAUUGUGGUGGCUUGUGGACCUUUCACGACAACAGAAAACCUCCUUUACGAGCCACUCACUGAUCUGCUGACUGUUAUGCACAAGAACCCCCCACACCUGCUGAUCCUUCUUGGUCCCUUUCUCGACGCUGCUCAUCCACUGGUCGCUAACAAUGAGCUGGGGGAAACUCAUGAUGCGGUGUUUAAUCGUUGUAUUAGAAUCAUUACAACUACAUUAGAAAAUUCGGGAACACAAGUAAUUCUUGUACCAUCCUGUCGAGACAUAUGCACUCCUAUGGUGUAUCCAACUCCACCAUUCACAGUGGGAGGAAACAUUAUGUGUGUCAGUGAUCCAGCAUUACUUGACAUUGAAGGUGUUGUUGUGGCUCUAACUGCUACAGACAUCCUCCUUCACCUUGGCAAGGAAGAGGUCUCCUUCCAAGGCUCAGACCGUUUGGGAAGACUAACUCGUCACCUUUUAUGGCAGCAGAGUUUGUAUCCUCUUUACCCAGGACCAGAGGACAUUUGUGUUGACCAAGAACAAGCAGAAACUCAUGGACGGCUUCCGUGUAAUCCACAUGUGCUUAUUCUUCCUUCAGACCUUCGAUACUUUAUCAGGGAUCUGGAGAAUUGUGUGGUUGUGAAUCCUGAACGUCUGGCCAAGGGUCUUGUGGGAGGUACCUAUGCACAGUUAGAACUUCACCCACCCUCAAAAGAUGAAAAAAGUAUGAUUAGUCAUGUGAAUGGUCAAAUUGUUAAAGUUUAAGAAAUAUAUAUAUAUACAGUAAAACCUCGAUUGACCGACCACAUAUGGGGAGAAGGGCCGUCGGUUAAUAGCAAAUAAAGUCUACGGAAAUAUAACAUACAUUUUCAAAGUACCCAUCCGUAACCUACCUAAUUUAUGUCCCUCUAUUCAUUUUUGUUCAUUUGCCAUUCAUAUUUCAAUAGCUUUUGCUUUAAAACAUUAACCACUUUCGUAAAUAAAUAUGAAACAGCACAGAAACCCUGAAUAAAAAAAAGGAAAAGUCAAAGAACAUAAUACUUUAAUAAAAAACUUUUAUUUAUGAAGUACUGUACUGCACAUAAGCAGUAUCCAAACACCUUAGAAAAAAAUAAAAUGGUGUUUACAGUACCAUAAUCCUUCCAUGAAUGUAUGUACAGUAGAGCCACUGUGUUGUAGAGGAUUAGUUAUCUGAAUCACUCCUCUAUUGACAUGACAAAUGGAUCAUCGGCACGAUUAUCUGAAGCAUUAGCUCAGGAGGAGGGGGGUUGAGGAUUAGCUGAGGUAGAUGGCCCAGGCUCGCUUGAUGGUGUUUUAGAGGGUUUAGGUUUAAAGGAAGUAUCAAUCUUCACCUGAUUGAAUUUCUGGUAUUGCCUUUUUAUAAUCAACUCUCUCAAUGUACGUAAAUGUUCGUAGUGCAGAUGGAAGGCAGGAUCAUUGCUGUAAUCAAUGUGUUCAAUUAUACGGUCGAUCCAGUCACGCAUAUCAGACAGCUUUUCACCUUUAAAGUUACUUGCCUCAUCAUCAUCAUUAUCUUCAUCAUCGCCUUGAUUCUGAACACUGGCAGCAAUUUCUGCUUCCGACAGUAUCUGGUAACCAGAUACAGUGACCCCUCCGUUAACGAACUCAAUCCGUUCCAGAAGGUCGUUUGUUAACCGAAACCAUUGUUUCAAUGGGUUUUUGGGUAAUUGGUUCCAGCUCACCGAAAAUUUCC